ACACUGUAUCAGAUCACCUUCCAAAAGAUCCUGAGACGUCGUCGAAGACCGCGAAAGAACCACCUGGAGCAGAUAUACAACCGUAAGAAUUAAUUUUAUUUUCCGUCCAAUUGAAAAUACGAACGUGCAUUUACUGUCUAGUUUUAAUUUCACGCAUUUAUUGCAAGCCUGCAGUCUGCAUACUUCUAAUCUCGUUCGACCUUAUUGUGUAACCGAUAACACACCGGAAAUUGCUUCUUUCCCACGUUUUUACAUAACUUUACAAACUGCUUUUCUGUAUUCUGCAGAAUGCCGAGCACGACUCCGUCUAAAAGCAAACGAAGUUCCGGUUUCCGAAGAAAAAACAGAAUUGAACCAUCACACCUAUCACAUGAUACGGAUGUCCACUCUCUGGACACAGGCGCGGCCUCUUACGUUGAGAAACUAGAGGAAGAGAGACUCCUAGCAGAAGAGCGCGAUACCUUUGACGAGAAAGGUGCAAACUUAUGCCCCGUGUGCAAAACGAUCCAGGUUGUUCUCAAUUCCACUGUUAAAUACAUACAAACAUAUUUAUUUAAUAACAACAACGUUUAUUCAAUAUUCCAACAGUUACCUGUAUCGAGUUCCUAUCAGUAUUGCAAUUUAUACAGAGACAAACGGGGGAGGAUAUAUUGUGAAAACUGUGCCACUUCUAACACUGUUAAAACACACUAUAGAAGGGAACCCGAUGAAAAGCGAUUGAAGUGUUGGAUUUGCGGGAAUUUCUUGCGGAUAAGAACUCAUCACAGCGCACGGAACCGGCGAAGAAAUUGCCCACACUGCGGGCAAAAGCAAGUGCCAGUGCGCACGGAGUCACCUACACUUACGUAAAACUCAACGAAAUAGACGUUUAAGUGUACAUAAAUGAAAAUUGUGAAAAAAGUAUAUAUAUAGAUCAGUGAUAGCGUUGUUUAUAUAGAACAGUCGAUCAUGUCAAAUAUCCUCAGGUAUUGUUUUCAAAACGUAUUUAUUUCCUUUAAAAUGUGAAACAUCGUUGAUUACAAGAGAAAAAAAGUUUUUCAAGAUUGUUUCAUAAUGAUUGUAAAAUAUUAUAAUGUAUCAUAAAUCGUGUAUCCAUUCUAGCAUUAUUUCUAAAAUUUAGAAUUAAUUGUAAUUUCGUUCAACGGUACACAAUCUCCAUUACAUAACGAUAAUACAAAUUCUUUGAUUAGAAAAAUUAGUAUGCGUUCAAUCUUGUAGAAAGAAGAGGAUACGAAGAGUUGAGAAUAGUUCCAUAACAAUGCUUUCGUGCUUCGAGAGCAAAAAAGGAAUUACAAGCAUAAGUUCGAUUAGAAAAUAAAAUGACGUAUAAAGUGCUUAUGAUUACAGCGACAAAUAAAUGGCUAAUCUACUGUCACUAAUACAGGCUACCAAUAAUAAUACUUUGGUCUAAAACGACUUAAUAAUAAUAGUUAGGAACUGUAGAUUUUAUAAAAUUACAAAUUUUCUACUAUUCAUUCAUUGUGACUGAAACAUGAAAAAAUCAAUCAAUUCGCAUGCUUAGCAAAAGAAGACUGUCGAAAGAUUCCGAACACUGAUUGUAAAAAGAAAUGUCAUAAUUAAUCUCUUAUACACAAUUAUUAGAAAAUAAGUUUAUCAUUUACGAAUGGUACGUGGUAAAAAAAAUUAUCCUAUUUACUGGUGUUUCCAGAGAUAAGAAACUCGCACUGAAUAUUCGUGUCGAUUUAAAAGCAUGCUUAUCUUCUCUUAUAUAACGAUACCCAACGAAGAAAUCUAGAUAUUAAAAUACUUCGAUUACAUAUAAAAUACAAUUAAUUCUUCUUAAUAA